AAUUCGGUAAGGAGUGUAACUGAACUUACUGAGAGAGCAGGAUUCUGCGCACAAAAGAACAUGAGCAAAACCUUUUAUCUGAACUCAAAUUUACACAGUAAUUAUCUCUGUCAUCCUCCGCCGCUCUUGCUCUUGAAUUGAGAUGGACCCACACGAACGAGAGUGGAGAGAUGCCAAGAUCGACAGGGGUAGCUCGUCAUGAUUUGCCAGCCUUGCAAGCCACAUGUUCAACGCUCCGUGGCAUCAUCGAAAGCGGCAGCCUCGUGAACUGUGCGAACUGUCAACUUGACAAGCGCCCAAAUCGCCCCAUGUCUCCCAUGACGCCCACGCUCCCUACCUGAAGCCAACAUCUUGCAUGCGGUAUCGCCGCUGCCUUCUUUCCCCCACGCGCCAGCCAUGGCGGGCGAGGGCGUAGUUGAAUCGCUGGAGCAGCUGGUCUGGCUCUUGUGGGCAACCGCCUCGGAAAGGCCCUUCUACUUUGUGUUGGCUGUGGUUCUCCCGCUUUUUGGACUGGCCAUAUUUUGCGUCUACAUCCUCCUCCACCUCGUUGCCCCGAAACCGCGACUCCCUUACCCCUCCGAGAAGACAUACAUCACUACGAACCCCGAUGGUACUGUCAGCAGCCCCCGCCCGCUCGCCUGCUGGUAUGACCGUUGGCAUGCCGAGGGAAAGCUCAGUGAAGAAUACCCGACAAUCCCCGCUGGGUUUCCCGUCCCCGAUCAAGGGGCCAUUGAGCCGGCCGAGGUGGAAAUGAGCGUGGUGGUCCCGGCCUACAACGAAGAAGCCCGCAUCACGGCCGCCCUGGAAGAGAUGGUCGAAUAUCUAGACCAACAAUUCGGCCGCCCCAACAAUCAAUUCCUCCAACCCGAGCGGCAAGAGAGAUCCACCGAGAAGGGUGGUAAGAAGGGCAAGCGCGCCACGACGCCGCACCGGUUGGUCUUUAAGCCCGACUCGCCGGCCCCCACGUCCCGUCCCGGUACAGCCCGAGCAUCAUCUGAGCCCACCCAGCCUUCGGGCUACGAGAUUCUGAUUGUCGACGACGGCAGCCGCGACCGCACCGUCGAAGUCGCUCUCUCCUUCGCCCGCAAGCACGGGCUGCACAACAUCCUGCGGGUGGUCAAGCUCGCAAAGAACCGCGGCAAGGGCGGCGCCGUCACCCACGGUCUGCGCCACGUGCGGGGGAAAUACGCCGUGUUUGCUGAUGCCGACGGUGCGAGCCGGUUCAGCGAUCUGGGGAAGUUGAUCGAGGGGUGCGAGGACGUAGUGGACGGGUCCAACCGCGGGGUGGCGAUCGGGAGCAGGGCGCACUUGGUUGGCAGUGAGGCCGUCGUCAAGCGCUCCGCCAUCCGCAACUUCCUCAUGCGCUCCUUCCACUUCGUGCUCACGAUCCUCACCCCCCCGGCAACGUCGCGCAUCCGCGACACGCAGUGCGGCUUCAAGCUCUUCUCGCGCGCCGCCCUGCCGCACGUCGUGCCCUACAUGCACGCCGAGGGCUGGAUCUUCGACAUCGAGAUGCUCAUGCUCGCCGAGUCGGCCCCCGCCACCCCCGUCCUCGCCAGCGACGGCUCCGUCAUCGGCACCAGCUACGGCAUCAAGGUCGCCGAGGUGCCCAUCGGCUGGCACGAGGUUGAUGGCAGCAAGGUGAGCCUGAUCCAGGACAGCGUGCGCAUGGCUAUCGGUUUGGCCGUGCUGAGGGCGAGCUGGAUGUUGGGGGUGUAUCGGAGAAGGUUGACUUGAUCGGUCUGAGGAUUGGGAGAGUUGAUUUGGUAGUUUGUUUGAAGGCAGGAUACUUAGAAUAAUAGAUGCCGGAGUUGGAACCGGUGCUUGGCUCUGCCGGUUUCUCAUUUCCUUCUGCGUGUGUGUUCAAAAUAGUAGCAUCAUACACAACACGGCAAUGUCAAGUCCGAUAUGAUCGUGUACAGCCGUCUCUCAUUACCAUUACCAAAAGAUCUACUAUGCAUAACCGAACCCCAACAACUAGAGUCCUAGCAAAACAACAGGCUGAUACAGCGAACCUUAACCCACCGUCUCCCC